CCAAACCAGGUUUUAGCUGAUUACCAAAAGAGGGUCUUCAGGAAUCAACAAGUCCACAGGAGUGCACAAGUCCAAAAAGAGAGAAAACAACGGAAGAAAAGAAAGGAGAGGAGUUGUCUGGGGAGUGGCAAGGGGCGUAAGUGGGUUGCUAACACCGAACAGACCACCCGACACCCGAGUGAUGUUAAUGCGAGCCAAGCUGGAGCAAAGACAGAUCAGAACACCAACUGCAUUUUUGCUGUUUACGGUCCAGAAAUCGCGCUGUUCAUCCCUAUAAGAAUGAUGAAGAUGCAAAUCAUCGAGUGUAUCUAACGCACUAUCCAGGACCUGCCUCUCCUUUGCGCUGUCUUUGUGUGGAAGUGAGAGUGAGCAUGCCCCCGGGGGAAUGUGUGGCGCUCCCUCCGUGACCCUGCGUGCGUCCAGAUGUUUAGCCUUUUACCGACGGCCUCUUUGACAGAAUAUUCGGCGGCAACCGAGUGGAGGGCAGCUGUAACCGUGUUCCACACCGAGGAUAGACUUUCUGUCGAAAUAAACGAUGUCAAGUUAAUCAUCAUAGCAAACGCUUUGUCACACUUUAGGUAAUCAAGGUAAUAUAUUUUUGGCUUACUUUUAUGUCCGAGUUGUCAGCAGUCUAAUUGCUGCCCGAGAAUGGAUUAUCUGUGGUUGAAGACCGUCCUAUGCCUGGAGAUAAGUGUGUGUGUUCUGUGGAGUGUUUCAGCGUCCCUACAGACCCAUUCCAGCCGGAACCACGAGAAUGUGAUGGACCUCCUGGCUGCUCUUAACAUGUCCCAUCCUAUCAAGGGAGUAUCUAAGACCGAGGGAAUGGAACCUGGAACUGUCGCUUUUAAAUUCCGCAUGCGUGCCCCCCACCUGACUCUCCCUCACCAAUACUCCCUAUCCCUGGCUUCCACACUACAAAGCAGCAUGGGGGUGUACCUAGUGGGGCGUCAGACGGAAAACUCCUCUGCCACCCUGCUCUCCUUCUCCUCCUCCUCUUCCUCCCUCCUCUUACAGCUCUCGUCAUCCACCCGCUCGAACUUCCUGCGUCUGGACUGCCAUGGCUGCCUGGGGCUCACCAGCGUGUUCUUCCCAGGAGGGAGCCCUUUCUUUGGGGUUGGCUGGGUGCGGGUGGCCCUGGUGCUGGAGCCCGAGCGCCUGGCUCUGUUCGUAGACUGUAGAGAAGCGGUGGUUUUAUGGAGGAGAGGAGAAGAGAAGAUCAAGCUGGAUCUACCCUCAGAUCUGGUCGUCACACUAGCCAGCACACAGGGGGACAGCCACAGCAGGUUUACUGGAUAUUUGCAGACAGCUGAGAUCUCCACCCGGCCAUAUCAGAAGCGUCCGUGGAACUGUGACAAUAUAACAGACAGUUGGAGUGAGAGGGAGCGACGCCCCCAACAAGAUGUUGCUGAGGGCCAACCCCAGCUCCAUCCCCAGGAGGCCAAGGAGCCUCAGGGUGACCAGCCCCACAGAGGUGUGGUCCUGGGGCCUCCUGCACCCCCUCAAGUGGGGCUGCCCAGCCCCCAGGCCCUGGGUGAGGAGAGGCUUAAGGGGCUGGAGGAGAGGCUGGAGGGGCUGACUCGAAUGCUGGAUAUGGUCAAGGCCCAGAAUGUUGACCUGCAGGAGCGUGUGCUGUACCUGGAGGGCUGUGAGUGUGUGAGACGGCGGUGUGUGUGGGAGGGGCGUGAGGUGGAGGAGGGGCAGCGUUGGGAGACCCACCUGAACACUGUGUGUACCUGCACAUCAGGACAGGUCGUCUGUGAGGCUACCACCCAGGGUUGUCAUUUGGAUGGCCGGCCCCAUAAUACCUCCUUCAACACCAUCGACGGCUGUCAGACCUGUGACUGCAACGGUGGUAAUAAGCGGUGCUCCACCCCUCCCUGCCCCUCACUUGACUGCAGGGAGCAGGAGACGCCCCCUGGAGAGUGCUGCCCUCGCUGCAGGGGAUGUGUCCAUACUGGCAUCAGGUACGACCACGGAGCCAAGUGGAGACCGGUGGAGAGCCCGUGCAGUGUCUGUGACUGUGAGGAGGGCCGUGUUCGCUGUGAAAAGGAGCAGUGUCGCCCCACCUGUAAGAACCCCGCCCCCCCGCCCCCCAACUCCUGUUGCCCUGUCUGCCAUGGCUGUGGGCUGAAUGGCCAUGACUUCCGCAAUGGAGCAGUGAUCCCAACAGGAGACCGCUGUCAGGAGUGUGUGUGUGUGAAUGGAGAUGUGGUGUGUUCCCCGCUCCACUGCCCCGCCCCUGCUUGUCAAAACCCUGUGCAUCGCCCCGGAGACUGUUGCCCACGGUGUGAGCAGUGUGACUUUGACUCCCAGGUGUUUCUGGAUGGACAAACCUUCCCCUCCAGGACAGAUCCCUGCCUACGCUGCCAGUGUUUAGCCGGCCAGGUGUCGUGUGAGAGGGUGGACGCCUCGUGUCCCCCUCUGUCCUGUAGCCACCCAGCCAAGACCAGCGGAAAAUGCUGCCCCACCUGUGACAUGUGUGAAUAUGAGAGGAGGGUGUUUGAUAACGGGCAGGUGUUUAACCCAGCGGGCAGCGGACCUUGUCUUCAGUGCAGGUGCAAGGAUGGAUAUGUGAGGUGUCACGAGGAGAGGUGUCCGCCAGUGCUGUGCUCCAACCCUAUCAGAGACCCUCAGCUCUGCUGCCCCAUCUGCAAAGUGUGUGUGUUGGAGGGUGUGGAGUAUGAAGAGGACUCUCAAUGGCAGCCUGACGGCCCCUGUUCCACCUGCUCCUGUCUGAACGGAGAGACAGUGUGCACACACACGCAGUGUCCCCCGGUUACCUGCCUACACCCCACCAGGAGCAAAGGCUCCUGUUGCGCUGUGUGCGAGAGCUGCUCGUUUAACCAGCGUAUCUAUAGAAACGGACAGACCUUCUCCACCCCUGACAGACCCUGUCAGACCUGCAGCUGUGUGGAUGGUACAGUGAAGUGUGAGAGAUCACCUUGCCCACCAAUGAACUGUUCGAACCCAAACACUCCUCAUGGAGAGUGUUGCCCUAAAUGCCCGGACUGUUCCUUUGAGAAUCGCGUGUUUGUGGAUGGCGAGGCGUUCCCCAACCCUGUGAGUGCGUGUGAGGACUGCGUGUGUGAGGAAGGGCGGGUCCAAUGCCACCCCUCCGAAUGCCCCCGCCCUCAUUGUAACGCCCCCCUCCCUGGCACCUGCUGUCAGAACAACUGCAACGGUUGUCGUUAUGCGGGAAAGGAGUACCCCAAUGGACAGGAGUUCCCACACCCUUCAGACAAGUGCAGGACAUGCCACUGCAUAAAUGGUAACGUCCAGUGUUUGAUGAAGAGGUGCCCCCCACUGCAGUGCUCCAACCCUUACAUGCAGCCUGGAGAGUGCUGCCCCCAGUGUCCAGCUCCCCCUGCAGAUUGUGUUUACGAGGGCGGACCGUACAGACACACACAGCGCUUCUAUGACCCCGCCGACACCUGCCGAGCAUGCCUGUGCACCAACGGGACUGUCCACUGCCAACGCAAGCCCUGCCCACUGGCCACCUGCUCCCACCCAAUCACACAGGAGUGCUGUCGGACAUGUGAUGGCUGCCAGUACGAGGGCCAGGAACACGCCAACGGGGCGUCCUGGAGGGAUGUGUCCGACCCGUGCGGAGUGUGUGUGUGUCGGGAAGGCUCCAUCCACUGCGAGAAAAAGCCCUGUCCACAAGUCUCCUGUACCUUCCCCGUGCAGGGCGAGUGCUGCAUGGAAUGUCGUGGCUGUCUAUUCCACGGUCAACUGCUUCCUGACAGUUUUGAGUUUGUCUCUGAGGAUGACCCGUGCUCUGUUUGCUCCUGCGACCGAGGGGACGUCCAAUGCACUGAGCUGUACUGCUAUAACGAGUGCACACACCCCUACAGGCCUCCCGGUAGCUGCUGUGGGGAGUGUAAUCGCUGUUUCCAUAACAACGUGAUCCUCACCAGUGGUCAGUCCAUCACUGACCCCAGUAACCCCUGCUCAGAGUGCACCUGCCAGAGCGGUUCGCUGAGGUGCGGGCCGAAGCCGUGCCCCCCAGCCCACUGCCCUCACCCAAUCACCAGCUCCUGUGCCUGCCCUGUCUGUGAAGGUUGUCUGUUUGAGGGAGGGACCUACGCUGAUGGACAGCUGUUUCCUGCAACCAGAGCACGGUGCGAAGACUGCACAUGCACAAGGGGGCAGGUGGUGUGUGUGAAGAGGAGGUGCCCGGCGGUGUCGUGCCCCCACCCUGCCGUGGACGGCUGUGAGUGUGGGGUGUGUGACGGAUGUCGCUUCCACGGACGGGAUUGCACCAACGGGGAACGCUUCUCUGACCCUGCAGACCAGUGUCAGCGCUGCACCUGCCUGAACGGGGGCGUGGUGUGUGUGUCCGUACCGUGCCCGGCCGUGGCGUGUGCUUCUUCCGUCACCCCCUCGGGGGAAUGCUGUCCCGUGUGCAGUGGGGUGUGUCUGUACCAGGGGAACGAGCACCAGUCUGGGACCUCGUUCACCCCCACCUAUGACCCCUGCUCCACCUGCACCUGUCUGAACGAGGUGGUGAGCUGUCAGAGGAAGCCCUGUCCGUCACAGUGUUCCCACCCAGUCCCAGCGGGGGGCUGCUGUCCCGUGUGUGACUCCUGUCUGUACGAGGGCCUGGUCCAGCCCCAUAGGAAGACCUUCUCCUCCACACACAACCCCUGCCAGCGCUGCACCUGCAUCAGGGGCACCGUCACCUGCGUGCCCCUCCUCUGCCCCCCCACCCCGUGCGCACAGCCCCGCACCCCCCCGGGAGAGUGCUGCCCCCAGUGCACAGUGUGUUUGCUGGAUGGCCAGGAGUACAGUGAUGGACAGCUGUGGACACGGACCUCCAACCAGUGUUCCACAUGCUCCUGCAAGGCGGGGGAGGUGAAGUGUGUGUCUCCAGAGUGUCCGACGCUGCUCUGCAUGCACCAAGUGACUGAGCCUGGGGCCUGUUGUCCACGAUGCAGAGGGUGUAUGUAUGAUGGGGAGGAGUACGUGGAGGGCAGUAGCUGGUUUGCAGACUCCACUCCCUGCAAGUCAUGCAUGUGUGUGGAGGGGGUGACCACCUGCUCCGAGGUGCGCUGUCUCUCCCCCUGCAUCAACACCAUCAGCGUCCCUGGAGAGUGCUGUCCGGUGUGUGCAGACUGUGUGUUUGAGGGAAGAGUGUACGGCCCAGGAGACAGCUUCAACCCAGCUAGUGAUCCAUGUCAGAUCUGCACCUGUGAGGUGAUGCCUGACGGGGAGCAGCACCUGAGGUGUUAUCGUAAGCAGUGCCCCAGCCUGGUGGACUGUCCCAAGAACAACAUCCUGCUCUCUGGGAGUGACACCUGCUGCCCUGUCUGCGCCCAGCCCCUUAGUAACUGCACAGCCACACUGAUUGGAAACGAGGUCCUGGCCACAGAUGACCCAUGCUUCACCUGCCAGUGCAAGGACCUGACGUGGACAUGUCUUCACCAGGGCUGCCUGCCGCUUAACUGUCCCCCCAACGAGCAGUUCACCCCCCCAGACUCUUGCUGUCCUGUGUGUGAUGAGUGCGUGCUGGAGGGAGGCAGCAAGCGCGUGUCCAAUGGAGAGAGCUGGACUGACAUCGAGGAUGAGUGCAUCACGUGCACCUGCAACCUGGGCUAUGUGGAGUGCAGCAUCGCGGAGUGUGUGUCCACCGUGUGUCGGGACGGCCUGGUGAGAGUGAAGACUCCUGGGAAAUGCUGCUAUGAAUGCCAAGACUCCAGCGUGUCGUGUGUGUACCAGGGCUCAGUCUACUUGUCCAGUGAGCAGUGGGAGGUGGAUGAGUGCACCAGCUGCACCUGCGUGUCUGGAGACGUGCACUGUCACAGCGAGCGCUGCCCUCCCACCGCCUGUAGACCCGAUGAGACCCCUGCGGUGGUCCCAGGUGUGUGUUGUCCCCACUGCCUGCCCCGGCCAGCCACCUGCAUCGCAUUCGGGGACCCCCACUACCGCACGUUUGAUGGACGCAUGCUGCACUUCCAGGGGGCGUGCACCUACGUGCUGGCGCAGGACUGUGAGGGCGGGGACUUUAGUAUCCACACGACUAAUGAUGACCGCGGCCGUAAGGGAGUAUCCUGGACCAAGGAGGUGACUGUCUUUAUAGGAGAUGUUGUGGUGCAGCUACUUCAGGACUGGAUAGUGAAGGUCAACUAUGAGGCUGUGACCCUGCCCUUCCUCAGAGAACCCUACAUCUACAUAGAGCGCCAGACCAACACCAUCCUGCUCAACACCAACAUCGGCCUGAAGGUGUUGUGGAGUGGUCGUUCUCACCUGGAGGUGAGCGUUCCAGGCUCCUACAAGAAUCACACCUGCGGCCUCUGUGGCAACUUCAACAAUUACCCUCAAGACGACCUCCGCACCCCCAGCAGACAGAUCAGCCAAUCAGAGGCAGCCUUCGGGAACAGCUGGAAGGUGGAAGGUAGCAACCUUAGCCUAUCCUCCUGUCGCGGUGGAGAAGAUGUCGACCCCUGUAAGGAUGCGGGCUACCAAGCCAGGAAGGGAGCGAACGCCCGCUGCAAGGUCCUAAAGUCCUCCGUGUUCACGCCGUGCCACCGCGUGCUGCCCCCGGAGGCGUGGUACGGAGCCUGCGUGUACGACCUGUGUGCCUGCGGGGCCAACGCUGACGAGUGUCUGUGCGACACCCUGGAGGCGUACGCUGGCCAGUGCAGAGAGGCCGGGGUCAUACUGCAGUGGAGGAGCCCGUCGCUGUGUGCGGUGGGGUGUCCUGUGGAGAGGGGCUUUGUGUUUGACGAGUGUGGCCCCCCAUGCCCAGUGACCUGCUUUAACAAGAAUGUGCCACUAGGGGUGAUAGAGAGCCACUGCUUCAAGCCCUGUGUGCCAGGCUGCCAGUGUCCUGCCGGCCUGGUCCUGCACAACAACUACUGUAUACCAGCAGAGAAGUGUCCCAAGAUCAUUCAUGGCAACCCCUAACACACACACACACACACACAUACACACACAUUUCAAAUUUACUGUAACUAACAUACCUCCCCAGCCUACCUACUUCGGCAUGUGUUAAUUAUGGGAGCCGUUGAGGAUAUUGGGACUGAUCUUCAAAAAUAUUUGGUUGCUUUUUUAAUAAAUGUUAUGAAUAAAAUUGUAAUGUUAAGAUAUGAAUUAUUAUUCUGUGCCUUGUGUGCAAUAACAGAUGUGUUCUUAUUAUGCUUUGUUUGUGGGAUUUCACUUAAUGUUCUUCUGUUCUUCAAAAAAUUAAAGUUUCACAAAUUUGGU